CCUAUUGUGGGCGAGCUUUCCCCAGUGCUCUGCCCCGCCCCCUUCGAUUCACCCAACUUGAAAAGCUUUCCGAGGGGGCUUCUGUUCGAAUUGUUCCUGUGCGAUUGAGCAAGCAGUGGCCAGGAGGGGGAAAAGAAGGGGGGGCAACGAGGAAACUUUUGUACACCUGCCCCCCUCCUUCCUCUCCUCGAGUCCAGAUUAAAGUGAUUCCGGAGUGGGAGGGGGGAUUCGGCGGAGGAAAGCUAGGGAAAGGCGCGGAGCGCGCUUGGAGAAGAAGGAGAAACACGCCGCUCGCGGCUGGAUGGGCCGCUCCAAGUGCUUGCGCAAUCGCCUCCUCUCUCUCUCGGCUCGGCCCCCUCCCCUCCCUUCCCCUCCCCUCCUCCUCCCACCUCGCCUGGCCAGGCAGGGCUCAUUCGCCUGCGAAUUCCUCUGGGGAGGGAUGGGAUCGGUGCUCAACCAGCAGUACCCAAGUAAAGUAUCGCUUUCUGGGGUGGUUUAUGUGGCUGAAAGAUGGAGUUAAAGGGCAGGAUCGCACCGGGGGCGCGUAAAGGUGGAGAUGAGCCCGGGAAAUUGCCGGAACAAGAAGAAGAAGAAGAGGAGGAGGAGGAGGAAGAAGAAUCCCAGGUUUUGCACGGAACAGGCCAUUGCAAGUGGUUUAAUGUGCGAAUGGGGUUCGGAUUUAUUUCCAUGCUCAACCGCGAGGGAAGCCCCUUGGAGACUCCGGUUGAUGUCUUUGUACACCAAAGCAAGCUUUACAUGGAAGGAUUUAGAAGCCUAAAAGAAGGAGAACCAGUGGAAUUUACUUUUAAGAAAUCUUCCAAAGGACUUGAAUCAAUACGGGUAACAGGUCCAGGUGGGAUUCCCUGUUUAGGAAGUGAGAGACGACCCAAAGGAAAAACAGUACAGAAAAGAAAACCAAAGGGAGAUAGAUGCUACAAUUGUGGUGGCCUCGAUCAUCAUGCUAAGGAAUGUACACUACCUCCACAGCCAAAGAAGUGCCAUUACUGUCAGAGUAUCAUGCACAUGGUGGCGAACUGCCCACAUAAAACUGUUCUGCAGCAGCCCACUAGUUAUCAGGGAAGAUACGAAGCAGAUCCCCAGCCCUCCGGGGCUUAUGGCUACACAUCUCCAUCCUAUUCUCAGGAGGGAAGAGCAGAUGUCUUAGAACGCUCAGGCAGGUCACCGCAAGAAGCUGGAGCAUCGAGUAAAUUAUCUCCAUCGCCCGAAGAACAGAGCCGGAAGGGGCCUUCUGUUCAAAAAAGGAAAAAGACUUAGAGCUUUUGUCUUUCAUCUCCUUUACCCUCUUGGGACGUCUACCUCAUUCAAGCACAAGGAGAAUAAUUCCACAUAUCAUGCAACCCACUUCAACUUUUCACUACUGCUGAGAAAACGGUGGUCAUUCUGAAAACAACCAGACCAAUCACUCCAAGCAAACUUCAUUUGAACUGAGUUUCCUCUAUAUUAUUCAGCUGCUUCAGACGCCACAAGAAACCAUGACUUACUGUGAUGAGGCUAAGCUGCCGCAAGCCUUAGGAUCACACACUUCCCCCAAUUCCCUGCGACCUCCCUCCCUGUCCAGCACAGCUGCAAGGAGCUGGGAAGCUUCUGGUUUUCUUCUUGAUUAUUUGCAGCUUGAUGUUUUGUCCACACUGACAAACUGGGGUUAAUCUUAACUGGCUUGUUUGAAAUGAAACAAAUUCAGAUUGAGGGUUAUGAGCUGCUAAUUUCAGUAAACCAUAGUUAAGAUUAACCGCCAUUUGUUUAUUUUUUUUGUAAUUUAAAAUGUUUUUUGACUGCAUUUAUGGGCGAAUGCGCAUUCAAAGCCGCUUACAAGCAGAACAAAAGAUUAUAAAUAGUACAAGUUUAAACCACAGGACAUACAGCUGAACCUGCAGUUAAUCAAACAUUAGAAUUGCAGCCUUGCCAGAAGGGGAGGUGGGGGUGGGAGAUGCAGGCAACCUGCAGUUCAUUUCUGUCCUCAUAAACCAUCUCUGACUCUGUGCAUGUCUUGAAUGUAUACAUGCAACACUCUGUUUCCUUGGAUACCCAUUGGAAAGCAAUAGUCUGAAUAAUUUUUGAAUAGGCAUUCCUGGAAUUUUUCUUUAAUGUAUCAUUGCUAUUAUGGAAGAAAAAGAAAGGGUGGGGAAGAGAUCACAACUAUUAUUUCAUGGAAGCCCAAAGAAUUUUUGCUACUUAAAAUUGCCAUUGCCAUGGUCAUGGUACUGAAGAUAUUAAGACAUCCCUGUAGGGGUCAGGGUAAGGCUUUUGAAAAAUAAUAAUUUCUUGCUCCCAUUAUCCAGGAUAGUGUUGCUUUUUAUAAACUUCUCACCUUGGAAGGGUAAUGUCUUGGUUUAAAUAACCCUCAGAAUUGCUACAAAUGUUUAAAGAAUAAAGGUAUUCCCCUCUCUUUCCCCUCCCCCAAAGACUAUGAAUGUGUAGUUUUCUGUGCUGGUAUCUCAAAUAUUGUAUUAAAUUAAUAUGGUUUAAAUGCAGGUGAGGUGACUUUGAGGCAGAAUGUAUACAUUGAUAUGAUUGUUUAGAGUUGUAUUGAGAUAACACCUUGAAUCUUUAUUUUGUGCAAAUCUUGAGGCGUUAUGAAGGCAGCAGUAGCAAUUAGCAUUU